CACAAUUCAACACUACCCCAACCCCUCUCUCUCUCUCUCUCUCUCUCUCUGUCUCUCUCCCAAAAAGUCACAGACCCACUUCUCUCUUUAUAAAAACUCAAACACCAACCUCAUAAAGUGACCAAAAAAUCAACUGGGUAUGCAUGUUUUUCAACAAAGAGAAAUGGGUCUUUGAGUUUUUAGAGAAAUGUUGAGCCCUCAGAGAGAGAGAGGAAUGGGGUCUGAGCCAGAGAACGAACCAAGCUCCGCACCAAAACUCUCUUUGUUCUCACUUCCAAGCAAGCCACAGCCUCCCCCAGGAAUACUGCUAACACCACCUCCGUGCGGAACCACAGCUUCGGUUCCAUUCCAGUGGGAGGAAGCACCAGGCAAGCCAAGGGCAUGCACCACCACCACCGAAUCGAAGCCCAGGAGUGCAAGACCCUUGGAACUGCCUCCGAGGUUGUUAUGUGAGAUUAAAACUACCGACCAGCUGCACUCCCCAACCACUGUCUUGGACGGGCCUUACUUGGGCCCGUCUCUCUCUCACAGGUUUUCUUCCUUCACAAUCUCAGAGGCUGGUCUGGGGAAGAGAGUGGCUAAGGAGAAAGGGCUAGAAUUUGCGUCCAUGAGGUGGGGGAGUUUCAGGAAGACUAAGAAUGUUCUUGAGGCUACUUUCGACUUUGCAUCUUCAGUUGUUGGCGGCGGCGGCGGCGGUGGAGACACGACGGUGAAGAUCACAAGGGUUAGGAGGAGAGGGAGCUUUUUGAGACUCUCUCACUCAAAGUCACAUUUUUUGGCAGGCAUUUAUGAAAACUUUAAGCAAGCGGUCCCAUGGAGACGCAGGCAAGAAAAAAGGCUAGGAAAGACGGCGACGUGAUUUAUUGCCACCCUCCCAUCUCCGGAGUCAUGCUGCCGUUGCCAUAUGGUGCUCGAUCUAAUUAAUUUCUAUUUCGAAAUCUUGUAUAGUUAAAAAAUAAUUCAAUAAUAUGUCUAAUACUUAAUUUAUGUGAUGAUGCACCAAUUAAUUAGUGCAUUAUUCUACAUAAAAAGUAACAUUUAUUGCUACCAAAUUGCUCUUUGUGUCGGUUGAAAAAAAUUCAUCAAGAACCACGAGUUGAUCAUUUGGUUGUCAGUUGAACAUUGA